GGCACCUGGCUGGGCUGCUGGCUGCUGGCCCGACGUGUGGGAACAUUUACCAGGGCUUCUCCGACUGCGUCUUGAAGCUGGGGGAAAAUAUGGCCACGUACGAGGAGAUGGAGAGCGCGGAGCUGCAGGGAUUGCACCGGGUCUGCGGGUACUGGGAUGAAUUUCACGUGUGCGCCCUGUCCGCGCUCUGGGAGUGCCAGAAAGAAGCAGCGGCCGCCUGGGAGACGCUGAAAAGGGAGUCGCAAAAGAUCAAGUUUCCAGGCAGCUUGUUUGAGCUCUGUGGCCCCGGCGCAGCCCCAGGCUCUGCCUGGACGCGCGUGCCCGACGCGUCCAUCCUCGGCAUCCCGCUCCUGGUCACUUGGCUGAACUGGUAA